AUGAUCGGCAUCACUAGUAACAGACAUAGUCCUUCUGACUACGAUGAUGAUAUGAAACGAGCCAAAUCACUUGGUAUUGAUGCAUUUGCGUUAAACAUUGGUGUAGACCCCUACACUGACCAACAAUUGCAACUGGCAUAUCAAUCUGCUGCUCAGAAUUCCAUGAAAGUGUUUAUAUCUUUUGAUUUCAAUUGGUGGAAUGUGGGACAAGCCUCGGCAAUAGGACAAAAGAUAGCCCAGUAUGGCAGUUUACCGGCUCAGCUAAUGGUUGACGACAAGAUCUUCGUAUCUUCAUUUGCUGGAGAUGGAUUAGAUGUAGCAGCCCUCCGGGCCGCAGUGGGAAAGCCGAUAUUCUUUGCACCUAACUUUCAUCCCUCUCAGGGGACUGACAUAUCAUCUGUCGAUGGACUUCUGAAUUGGAUGGCCUGGCCGAACAACGGCCAAAAUAAAGCUCCGACGCCCGGGCAAAACGUAUCUGUUGCAGAUGGUGACAAUGUAUACAUCAAAGCACUAAAUGGUAAAGCAUAUGUCGCACCGGUGUCUCCUUGGUUUUUCACUCAUUUUGGACCCGAGGUAUCUUACAGCAAAAAUUGGAUCUUCCCCUCCGAUCUACUCUGGUACAACCGCUGGAACGAUAUCCUUGCACUAGGACCCCGUUUUAUUGAAAUUGUGACAUGGAAUGAUUAUGGGGAAUCGCACUACAUCGGACCAUUGAACUCUCCUCACACAGAUGAUGGCGCUUCACGAUGGGUUAACGACAUGCCACAUGACGGAUGGUUGGACAUUUCCAAGCCCUUUAUAGCGGCAUUCAAAGCUGGAUCACGGUCAGUUGGGGAUUAUAUUACCUCGGACGAGUUGGUCUACUGGUAUCGACCUGCUCCACGCAGCGUCAAUUGCGAUGCAACCGACACGUGUAUGGUCCCCGCGAACAAUGGGAGUGGAAACUAUUUUAUUGGUCGACCGAAUGGUUGGGAGUCCAUGGAUGACUCCGUUUUCGUGGUUUCCUUACUUAAAGCUCCAGCUUCAAUCGAAGUCAACAGUGGUGGCACUGUGUACACAUACUCUGCACCAGCCGGUGCAUCAGCACAGGAAAUUCCUAUGCAUGUCGGCACUCAAAGCUUUGCAGUCAGCCGCGGUGGUCAAAAAGUCCUGUCUGGAACGAGUUUGAAGCCAAUCAUCGACGGGUGCGUGUGCGGGCUGUACAAUUUCAAUGCUUAUGUUGGGACACUUCCACCCGGGUUUAGUGAUCCGCUUCUGCCCGAUGGACUGGCAGCUUUUAGUCAAGGCUUGCAUGUGCAAUCGUGCCUCCCAACACCUUCUCUGGGCACUGUUCCUCCCGAGGCCAGUACAACUUCUACCACGACAAUUGGAACUUCCAUUUCAGAGCCGGGCACUACUACCACUAGCACCACCACAACAACACCCCCAACGGGGCCCGGACAAGGCUCCACUGCUACGAUCACGACGACGCUCACAACCACGAUAACUAGGACCCAAACACAAACGACCACAGUAGUAUCGACAACUUGCCCGCCGGGUAGUGGACCCGGCGAUGGUAGCGGACCCGGCGAUGGUCGCACCUGCAUUGGUGGGACUGGACCCGGUAACUAUAUUGGGCUUUGCAACUUCUGCUGUCGUUUCGGCUACUGUCCUCCCGGCCCUUGCACCUGCACUCAGUAUGGAGCACCGGUGCCAACGCCGCCAUCAACAGGAGCACGCGGCGCGCCGCUUCCCGGCGAAGAUGCUUCGUAUCUUGGUCUCUGUAGUUUCGCCUGUGAUCAUGGUUACUGUCCCCCCACAGCGUGCAUGGCCCAUUAA